GACUGUGAUGAUGGGGGAAGGUGGAGCUCCUGGGAAGGAGAAAAUGGAGGAGACAUACCUGCAGGCUUUUCUUCAGCAUAAAGGUCUCUGUCUCUCUCCCUUUUUCCUCUUUGGUAAUGGGCCCAUCAUCACAAUCCCAACUCUUCACGUAUUCUCGCCUUCUACUAACGUCUUUCGCCCACGCCCAACAUCAGUAUUUAGGAAGUUCUGAUGAUUGAAGCAAUUGGUCCUUGUUUUGGUGGACGGGAAGAUCCAAAAAGAGAUUAAAUUUGCGUCCUUAGUGAGGAAAUCAGGGUGCAAGUUGAGACUUGUGGGGGCAAAAAGAGGGCUUUGAUACUUUUCCAUCAAAGGAAGCUUCGUUUCCUUCUGCUUCAAGCUGCUGGGGAAGCUUGAGUAGUUGACAUCGGUAUUUUGGUGUUUUUCCUUUUAUGGUAACAUACUCGGUUAUAUUUGGCAACCGUUCUCCGUAACUCUUGUUUGACUCAGACUCAAGGACUCUGGAUUUGAGAUUUCAGGUGGGCGUUCUCUGAAAAAGAAUAGAGAGGAUUGAACAAGAAGAGCGUGGAGAAGUUUCUGGUAGAUUAUCAUGGCAACAAGAUCACUGAGACGCCCUGUGCUAUCUGAAAAGGGACAGUUCGGCUGUAUGGGGGGUUUAAUUAGCAUGUUUGACUUCCGCCCUAGUCGAACUACUCGGAGGCUGCUCUCAGAUAGAAGGCCUGGAAAUAAUCAUGCUGGUGAAGCUGGAAAUCAAGGGGAUAAACAUGAUACUCUCUAUCCUAGUGAUACUUGUCAAGGAUCCCUUGAUGAUGGAGAAGAAACAACAGUGACUGAUUCAUGGAAGCCAAGCAUGAAAAAACUCAUAGAAGAAGAGAUGUCUACUGAGCAGGAUACGAAAAUAGAAAAUGCCAAAGUAGAAUCAAAACAGUGUGAUUCAGGACAUGGAGACAAUAGAAGGAAGAGUCAUAGAAGAACUAAAAAGAUUAAGAAGAAAAGCUAUGAUGACAUCCAUAAUGUUGAUGCUGCUGAGAAAGUGGGAUUAGAAGGCCCUUGUCAUCAUAAACCAGAGCAUCAAGCUAUGAGUAGUCUUGAUAUAAAAAAUGUAAUGGAAGAACUCUGCCACCAAAUUCAUCAAAAAGGUGUCAAUUGUGUGAAGCAUGAACAGCGAGGUGAACUUCAGAUGGAUGCAGACCAGAAGAGUCCUGGUUUUGAAGAAAAAUUGAGCGAGGCCAUCAAGUUCUUAGUUAGUCAGAAGCUUACUGACAGGAAUGUACAUGUAGAAAAUGGGGAACUCCAAACUUCCAAAGAUCUUAUAGAGGCCCUCCAAAUUUUGAGUUCAGAUGAGGAAUUGUUUUUGAAACUUCUACAAGAUCCCAAGUCCUUGUUAGUUAGAUAUAUUCAGGACUUGCCGAAUGCUGAGGUAAAGAAAGGAGAGUCUGAGUCUCUUGCAGGAUGUGACAUUUCAACAGACGAGCUUGCUAAUCCAAGACAGUCUGAUGAGCUUGUUAAUCAAAAACACCGUAACUUCUUCAGGAGAAAGAUCAAGUCUCGGGGAAGAGACACAUCAAAUGUGAGUAAAUUUUCUCAAACUUCAAAUAAGAUUGUCAUUUUGAAACCUGCGCCAGCAGCCUUGCAAAAUCCUGAAAGUGGAAGCAGUCUUGGGCCUUCAACAGAAUCUCAUUAUGUCAUCAGAUCAAACAUUGAGCAGAAUGAGAAAGUAAGUUCACACUUUUUUCUCUCUGAAAUUAAAAGGAAAUUGAAACAUGCUAUGGGCAUGGAGCAACAAAAAACAUCAAUUGGUGGUAUUUCCAAUAGAUCUUCUGCUGAGCAUCAAAAUACAGAAUGUAGUGGAGGGGUUAAGGAAUAUACUGGCAUGAAUUCUCCAACCAAAGAUCACUUCUUUAUUGAAAGGAUUGCUAGACCUCCCACAGGCAGACUAAAGGACUGUGAAAUAAAUAUCGAACAUGAGACUGCUGAUUUUCCCAAGCAAAAAGUUUCUAGCAUCUAUAUUGAGGCUAAGAAACAUCUAUCUAAGAUGCUGAACAAUGGGGAUCAAAAUGCAGAUUGCUCAAGCAGACAAGCUCAGGAAACCUUAGGGAGUAUACUCGCUCUUCAUGACUAUAACUCAUCUCCUGUUGGAAGCCCAGGAAGGAACAGGGAGCUCAGCUCUGCAACUGCACAGAGACUUGCUGCCUCUGACACAACCCAGGUGGUCAAUGAAAACAUGCAACACAACCAUGUCAGCUGUCUAAGUCAGACUUCGGAGAAUUCAGAGACUCAGCCAUGCCUUUCAUGUGACCUUAACAAUAGUGAAGUGCAAGACCAUAACUUGAAUUUGAGCAUCCCAGACCAGUAUUGUAAUGAUAACAGAGUGGAUGAAGCUUUUUGUUCUAGUGGAGAUCAGAUAAGUUCUAGAGAUGCUGUCGAGAUUCUUGAAGUAGCUGAAACUAUAGUCCAAGAGGAGAGCCAUCUCCAGGAUACUUUUCCUGAACCAAGUACCUCUUAUGAUACAAGAGAUGACAAAACUGUUGAUAGAAGUGAUGCUUAUACUGAAAAACAAGAUCCACAAUUCUCAAAACUGACAUGUGAAGAGGAUCACUCACCAUCUUCUCCUUUAGCAUCCCCACCACAUUCUUCAGUCACCAUGAAGGUCGAAUAUCCCAAUAAAAUUACUGAUAUACAAGAGCGGCCAAGUCCUGUAUCUGUUCUUGAGCCAUUCUUCAUAGAGGAUGUCGCCAGCCCGGCAAGCACCAGAUCCCAUUCUGCUGAAACAGCAAUUCAACCACUUAGAAUUCAAUUUGAAGAAUAUGACUCUUCAGCUGCAAAUCAAGGUAACAAUAGAAAAUCAUGUAUGGAUGACAAGGAAUCAGUAUUUGAAUACAUAAAGGCAGUGCUCCAAGCCUCUAGUUUAAACUGGGUAGAGCUCUAUAUCAAGUCACUUUCUUCAGACCUACUUCUUGAUCCAAAUUUGAUUGAUGAGGUAGAAUUCUAUCCCAACCAGCUUUGUCAUGACCAAAAACUCCUCUUUGAUUGUGUUAACGAAAUUCUCAUGGAGGUUUGUGGGCACUACUUUGGUUGCUCCCCAUGGGUGUCAUUUGCUAAACCUAGUAUCAGGCCUAUCCCAAAUAUGAACAACACCAUCCAAGAAGUCUUCAAUGGAGUAUAUUGGCAUCUCCCCCCAAUGCCACUGCCUCGAACUCUAGACCAGAUAGUCAGAAAAGACAUGGCUAAGACAGGAACAUGGUUGGACCUUGGGGUCAACACUGAGAGUAUUGGUGUUGAGAUGGGUGAAGCCAUUCUUGAAGACUUAUUGGAAGACAUCAUAAUAAGCUGCACAACUGCAAUUUCAGAACCCGAUCAUUCUGCACUUCUGGCUUAGGUGAGAGGAAGAGAAGCAGCAACAAGUUAAUGACUUGCAAAAGUUAACUGACUCAAUUUUUCACACUCCAAAUCAAUAAUAUAGCCCCAUCUCAGGCCACGGUGAACCAGAAAGUAAGCUGAAUCAGUUCUUCUUCACCAUAGGAUGGGCUCACCAAGGUUGAGGGGCUUCAUUUAAAUCUCCCUUUUCUGUGGAUUGAUAUGAUGGCUUUUCCUAACCUUGCCACUUGAAAUCAUGUAGAUACCACGGGAAGACCUAACAAACAGCAGCACGAAUCCAUUUGGGCUGUUCCCUGCAAGAAUAAACAGUAAAUCCCUGUGGUUAUUUUCUGUGAGCAUUGACUGUUUGAUCUUGGUUCGCAGAUGACAACAAAGCUAUAUCCUUUAGAAUUUGUAGCCUUUGGUCUGUAUUCGUUGUGUCUCUGGAUGUUUUGCAUUAUGAUUGAGUCCAUUCGAUUCAUUCUUCGGUUUGUUUUCCUGUCUUGUUUGUUGAAUCCACUUGCUUAUGUAUUUAGAGUCGAGAAAGUGUCUCAAAGUCAUCACUACUUCGAUGUACCAUGUAAGUGAAAAAUGCAAAGGAAUUUCAUACACUAGUAAUGCGUGCAAUAAUAGUCAUGUGAAAAA